AUGGAGGCCACAAGGAAGGGCGGGCGCGCAGUGUACCGCCUUUCAAGAGGAGCCCGACGUUGUUGCUUCCGUGAGACGAGCGAUUGUGGCUCGCGUAGACUUUACAGCGGCACCUCCGGAGGCAGCGCGGAUUUAGUGCGGCAAUCUCUGGCCGAUGUGGGGCGCGCUCUGGCGGAGGGGCGCACCACGUCGGAGGAGGUCACGCGAGCGUGCCUGCUGCAGGCCGACCACACGGCAACCCUCAACGCCUUCGUGUCUCGCCACUCCGACGAGCACCUUCUUUCACUUGCCGCUCUCUCCGACAAACGCCGCCGGGACGGCCACCAGGUGGGCAAGCUGGAAGGCAUUCCGGUGGCGGUCAAGGACUCGUUCAACACGCACGACCUGCCGACGACGCCGCCGUGCGAUGCUGCGGUGGUGAGCGCUCUGCGCAAGGAGGGCGCCAUUAUCAUGGGCAAGACCAACAUGGACGAGUUUUCGAUGGGGUCUGGGAACACACAAAGCUACUUUGGCCCCGUGAUCAACCCGUGGAGCCCCUCCACGAAGCCAGAGGAGGCCUUUGUGGCUGGUGGAAGCUCCGGCGGCAGCGCGGCCGCCGUGGCUAGCGACUCGUGCUUCGGCGCGCUGGGUGGAGACACAGGCGGAUCGGUGCGGCUGCCGGGCGCCUACUGCGGCGUUGUGGGAUUCAAACCCUCGUACGGCCGCAUCUCGCGGUGGGGCCUUGUCGCCUACGGCAGCUCCCUGGACACGCCCGGCGUGCUCACCAAGACCGUGGAAGACGCCGCCAUCAUGCUCGGCGUGCUGGCCGGCAUGGAUGCUCGAGACUCGACGUCGGUUGAUAUCGAGGUGCCCGACUACGUCAAGUCCAUGAACCAGCCACGCAAGUUGCGAGUCGGCAUACCCAAGGAGUACCUGGUGAAGGAACUGUCCGAGGAUACGCGGAAGCUGUGGGAGGAGGGUGCUGAGGCCAUGGCGCAGCAGGGCGCCGAGGUGGUGGAGAUCUCCCUGCCGCACACGCAGUACGCCCUCCCGGCCUACUACAUCCUCGCUCCCGCCGAGGCCUCUUCCAACCUCUCCCGCUACGAUGGCCUUCGAUACGGCUAUCGAGGAGCGGGCGAUUCCAUUACGGAGAUGUACUCCAGCAGCCGAAGCGAAGGCUUUGGAGAGGAAGUACAGCGGCGGAUAUUGCUGGGCACUUUCACCCUCUCGCGGAGGCUGUACGACAGCUACUACCGCAAGGCGCAGCAGAUCCGCCGGCUGGUGCUCAACGACUUUGAGACCGCCUUUGGGCAGGGCGUAGACGUGCUGCUCCACCCUACGGCGCCCACACCCGCCUUUGCUCUGGCCGAAAAGCUGAACCCCGUGGACAUGUACAUCAACGACAUCAUGACCAUCCCCGCCUCCAUGGCCGGUCUGCCGGCUGUGUCGGUGCCUGUGCGCCAAUCGGCCGCCAGCAAUCUGCCGCAGGGGCUGCAGCUGGUGGGCCGCUACAUGGACGAGGGCACCCUCCUCGCCGCCGCCCGCUUGCUGGAGCAGGCCUUCCCCCGCGCCCACGCCCUGCGCCCUCCCCUCGCCUGA